UUGAUUGAUCCUAAUCCAGCAUGAAUGUGAGCAUGUGGAGCAACGACAUCUUUUGGCUGGACCAACUGGCUCCUUUUGAGCUCCGUCCCACUCGGGCAAAAUCUCAAGACGCCUUCGACGAGACGAGCGGGACGCCGCGUCUCUGCUACGCAUCUCCCGCCGCCAAACGGAGCGGCCGUCCGGCCAAGCGAGCCCGGGUGGAAGAUAUCCUGAGCUGUUCGCCUGUUGGCGAGAUGAAACAAGACCCGGUCCAGAGAGCGGAGGGAAGCCGGAAGCCGGCUCUCUUGACAACUCUUCCGGAAGAGCCGCGGCCGACGUGGAACGGCUCUCCACAUGCAAACUUAAGGGAUGGCGACUCUUGCGAAACCACAAGUGGCACAAAGUCAGGCAACUUUUCACUCGAGCCGGAAAAAGCAAUGGCCGACGUUUUCAAGUACGAACUCUCCAGAGCCGUGAGUCACAGCGUCGACUCGCUUUUCAAAAGCAUGCCGCUGAUACGGGUGGCCGACGGGUCUUCGAGGGGUCCGCGCCGGGUGCUCGACGUUCAAACCGAGGCGCUGUCUCUGGUGGUACGAGGACCUCGAGAGGAAGCGCCAAAGUCGCUCAAAGUCCGAUCCGAGGCGGAGUCCGGAUCGACUGAGGUGCCGAGUGUUUGCUUCCCGCGCGUCAAGAUGGAGUCAAGCGGCCUUCUCAAGAAUCAUCGUUACAGCCUCAACGAGGGUUUGACCACGCAGCAUCUGAAAAAAGCCAAGCUGAUGUUCUUCUAUGCGCGCUAUCCCAGCUCGCCGGUGCUGAAGAUGUGUUUCCACGAUGUGCAGUUCACACGCUGCAUCGGCUCCCAGCUCAUCAAGUGGUUCAGUAACUUCCGCGAGUUCUACUACAUCCAGAUGGAGAAGUUUGCACGGCGCGCCGUGGCGGAGGGGCCGGCCGACGCGGUGGCGCUGUCUGUGGGCAGAGAGUCGCAACUUUUCAGAGCCCUCAACGUGCACUACAACAAAGGCGGCGACUUCCAGGUCCCCAAUGGCUUCCUCCAAGUGGCAGAGAUUACACUGCGGCAAUUCUACACUGCCAUUUCCACGGGAAAGGACCGAGAACCGUCCUGGAAGAAGGCCAUCUACAAGGUCAUCUGUAAGCUGGACGCCGACGUCCCGGCCCAGUUCAAGACUUAGGGCUGACAUCUGCUUUGCCACAACGGCGACGUGGGCUUACUCGAGCGACUCGGGAGCAUUCAAAAUACGACACACAAACAGUAUUGGUCUGUCCCCAUGUAACUUUUUUGCAGUCACUUUUUGCCACCUGCUGUCGACUAAAAAUGACAUCAGAGAUGCCAGGUCUCGACAACCAAUCACGACUCAGCUUUACAAAACCGGUGAGCCGUGAUUGGUUGGCAACUGCAAUGUCAUUUUCAGUCCACGGCAAGGGGCAAAAUGGCUGCCGCCCCGCGGAGACAAUUUUUUCUUGUUAAAUUCAUCUUCCAGAGCACUGUUUCCACUAGUUGGGCUGCACAGAACAUAUGACACAGAUUUUUGGGGGGGUAGACUUCCCCUUUAAGGUUGACAUGGUAGAUGUUUUUUGGAGACAAUCAUGACAAAUACAUUCAGAUACAUUUGUGUAAUAAAUGAGCAAUGUUUGAAGCAUAUUAAAUCAGAGUAAACAUGAUUUGGGAGGGUCAAUGUUUUUACCAAAUCCAUGUUACAUCGGUGUCAAAUCACACACUUGUGAGAGUAAAAUGUCGACUCCCGGAUAUGCAAACACAGAUGCAUAGGUUUUUUUUUGUAAUAUAUCAAUAAAUACUGUACUCGGUAGAUUGACAUACACAGCAGUUGCAACAAAAGAUUGGACACUUGAAAUGGGACAGUUUUACUAACCUGGGUGAGAGUUGCCCUUCAUGGGGUCAUCUAAGAGAAACACAUUUUGCAGUAGACUGGCA